CCCCCCCCCAGCAUUACCAUUUCUGCUCCUCCAUGCUGAUGAUUAUAUUCGUGUAUUCUGCGUCUCCGUCUCCGUCUCCGUCUACUACUUCUCCCUCUCCCUCUACUUCUACUUCUACCUCUGCUCCCCCCUCCCGUCUCCUCCACACUUCCUACGCCUAUCCACCUCCAGCUCCACCUCUGGCUCUGGCUGCUCCCGCUGCCUGCCAAGAAGACGAACACCUGCUUCUCCCCAGCGGCCCGCCUCGUACCUAAUCUUACCUUUUCCCUUACCGCACCCUCCUCUCAACCCUCCCCCGACACAUACCUACCUACCCACACACCGAGGAGCCGCCCUGUAUAUAUAUACACAUCUGCUCGUCCCCUCUUCCUCUCGUUCACACGCAUACAUCUAUCUACGCGUGCACGUCCACACAGACACAGACCGGAAGUAUAUAUCCCUAUAUCCUCACAUAUCCUCACUUCCUCCCUCCCCGCCUCUGCCUCCUCGAAUAUCCCCCCCAACGCCCUCCCGCCUGUCUCAGAUCCAGAUCAGGCCGUUCCCUCCCCCCCCGGUCUUCGCUACUUUCCCCCCGUGCCCCGAGCCUCCACCAGUCCACUCGCAGGAUCCUCGGUGCUUCACUCAUACAUGAGACCAUCGCAUUCGCUUCCCGCUGUUUUAUCGAUCCGGUUCUCGACUUGGGUAGCUUAACCGCCCUGGGGUGUCUCCGGAGUUGCAG